AUGGCCCAUAUAACCAUCAGACAUAACAAGCUUGGCUUGAUAAGAUGCCUAAAACAAAACAACAAUGCCUUCAUCAAGCUCCUAGGUCUUCCCUACGGCACCAUCCCCCAUCGUUUCUCACGCGCGAAGCUCUGUCCAAGCCUAUCAAACAGCAACAGCGAGAGAUACAAAGACGGUAUAUUUGACGCCACAGUUCCUAGUCCCUCGAGUAUCCAACCAUGGGGCAGUGUCAAAUCCGACGCUGCAAAUAUUCCGCUUCCAACAGACAACUUCCCAGAUGAUGAAGCCCAAUCCGAGGAUUGCCUGAAUCUCUCUAUACACCUACCCAGGACGCUCAUAGAUGAUAAUGCGGAAAUACACUCUACGGCCAGAUUACCCGUUCUCGUCUUCAUUCAUGGAGGCGCAUAUUUUUUAGGGUCAGCAAACCGACCAUACUACAACCCGGAGAACCUCGUCAGCCACGCCAUACACCGCAGCACGCCCAUAAUAUUCGUAGCCAUCAAUUAUCGCCUCGGCGCACUUGGAUUCUUGCACUCCAACCACGCGGGAGAUCUGGUCCCGGAGAACAACGGCAUCCACGAUCAGGUUCUCGCAUUCGAGUGGUUACGAAUGCACAUUGGCGACUUUGGCGGAGAUGUUGAUAACAUCACUGCUAUCGGACAGAGUGCAGGGGCUGAAAGUAUUUCCGUGCAGACUAUGCACACGCCGUUGUUCAAGCGCGCUAUCAUGUUUUCUGGGACGCCCGUUACGAUGCCUGCCAUGAUGCCGGACGAGCAUCAUGAUAAUUUUCUCGCGCAGGCGAAGAAACUGGGUCUUCGCAUCACCGAAGAGUCUGACGAUAGCGAGAGAGACGCCAGACUAAUUGCAAAUGAUAUGAUAAACAUCGAUGUAUCCAAGAUUAGAGGCCUAGCCUGGGUCGGUCUGCCAUGUACAAACAGUACAUAUUUUCCCUUUGAGCGACCGAGCAUGCAGUUGGUAAAAGAAGGCAAACUGGCUCCUCCAAACUGGCGUGAAUGGGCGAAACCCGUCGAAGCGCAGAUUAUUGGGUCGACUACGUAUGACGGCGGGAUAUCCUACAACAUGAUGAGCAAAGACGGUAGCAGAAGCGGCCACGCUGAAGCCUUUACCAACAUCGCUCAAGACGUCUUGGGUCCUAAAAAUGGCACAGCACUUUUAGAUCUGUAUGGUAUCAGCUCCGCAGCCAACGACGCAGACGCCCUCCAGCGCAUCUGUCUGUUUGAAAGCGACAUUGGCUUCUUUGCCGCAGCACUGAGUCUCGCGCAAGCAGACCUCGUGCCCGCCACUUAUUUCCACGUCUUCGACCUUGGCAACCCGUUCCCGGGCCCCAUGGGCAACCACGGGGCAUUUGCAACGCACACUUUUGACAUUGCUACGUUGCUUGGUGGAGAUCAUGAGGAUAAAUUACCCGCGCACUAUGCACCCGUGCUUUCGCAGUGGCGCAAUCGUAUUCUCGAUUUUGUUGUCCAUGGAACGCCACCGUGUGCGAGAUAUACGAGCGCUGCUGCAGGAAACGGUCUGAUUGUUGACGAGAAAGGCGUAAGAGAAGUUGGCGGUGAAGCAUGGCUCGAUAGCCAUGGCGGGAGACGAGCAAGGUUGUUUGAGCUGGCGGCUAGUAUUGAUCCUGACGCUGGCUGCGAUAUUCUCUGGCUGGAAGUCUGUCGACGAUUCUUGAUGCAGAGCGAGUAA